AUGACGUACUCCAAUAGCGACAGUGAAAACUCCAUCCACUCCCAUCUUUAUUCCAAUAUUGAGAUCAACCGGUACCUUACCGGUGGAGGCUCCCACAACAAAGAGCAAGCACGUAUGGGUCCAAUGGAGACGGAUAGCACUCCGAUAGGCAGCGAGGAAGCCUCGAGAUGGAAACAGCAGCCAGUGGACGAGAGCGACCCGUAG